AUGCAACGUUCAGUAAAUAUUCAGAAGUAAUGGUAGCACUUUAUACAUAAGGUAAAUAAUAAUUUUUCAAUACUAAGGUUAUGUGGAAAGGAUCAAUUGAUCCAAAAGCCUUAUUCGCUUCUAAGAAUGAGACAUAUAUCUAAAAAUAAUCAAAUAGUAAAAGUAAGAGGCUCUUUCUUUUUUAAAUAAAAAUUUGGGUUCUUGUAAGUAACUCAAUUCAUAUUAUUUUUAAGGAAAGGUUCUUUUUGUACCUUGA